AAUCCCAUCCGCGUCCUCCAACUCGGAUUCCCUUAAACUGAAGCCCAUUUGAACACCAUCUUCUUUCAAGGCAUUGCCUUCUUUCUUUGUGAAAAAGAAGCCCUAACGCUCCUUGUAGUUUAAAACAAUGACUACGUCCUCCAACUACUACUGUGCCUUACUGAAACUCUGCAGCGAAGCCCGGAACGGAACCCAUGCUAAGAAGCUCCACUGCAACAUAAUCAAAACCUUGACAGACCCAGAAACCUUUCUAUCAAACAACCUCAUGAACACCUACAGUAAACUAGGCAACAUUGAAUAUGCGCGCCGCGUGUUCGAUCAGAUGCCCCACCUAAACCUCUUUUCCUGGAACACCAUCCUUUCCGCUUAUUCGAAAUGGGGUCACCUCUCGGAAAUGCAGUUGAUCUUUGAUCGAAUGCCAAAUCAAGAUGAGGUUUCGUGGAAUUCGCUUAUUUCUGGGUACGCGUGUUAUGGUUCUCUUGUUGAGUCGGUGAAGGUUUAUAAGCUGAUGUUGAAGGACGGAGCAAUUAAUUUGAAUCGGAUUACGUUUUCGACUAUGCUUAUACUGUCAUCGAAUCAGGGGUGUGUUGAUUUGGGUAGACAGAUUCAUGGACAAAUAGUGAAAUUUGGUUUCCAGUCUUAUGUCUUUGUGGUUAGUCCUUUAGUGGUCAUGUACUCGAAAAUGGGGUUAAUUUAUGAUGCAAAGCGGGUUUUCGAUGAGAUGCCAGAAAGGAACGUGGUUACGUAUAAUACUAUGAUUACUGGGCUUUUGCGAAGUGGGAUGAUUGAAGAUUCAAGCCGGUUAUUUCGGGGUAUGAAGGAAAGAGAUUCGGUUUCAUGGACAACAAUGAUAACAGGACUUACGCAGAAUGGGUUGGGCAGAGAAGCGAUGGAUAUGUUUAGAGAAAUGCGGUUGGAAGGUUUAGAUAUGGAUCAAUUUACUUUUGGUAGUGUGUUGACUGCUUGUGGGGGUCUGCUCGCCCUGGAAGAAGGCAAGCAGAUUCAUGCUUAUACCAUUAGGACUGAUCAUAAGAACAAUGUCUUCGUGGGUAGUGCUCUUGUUGACAUGUAUUGCAAAUGUAGAAGCAUAAAAUCUGCCGAAACAGUUUUCGUGAGAAUGACCAGUAAGAAUGUUGUAUCAUGGACUGCAAUGCUAGUGGGUUAUGGUCAAAACGGGUACAGUGAAGAAGCUGUUAGGAUUUUUUGCAAUAUGCAGAAAUAUGGGAUUGAGCCAGAUGAGUUUACUCUGGGGAGUGUAAUUAGCUCAUGUGCAAACUUAGCAAGCUUAGAAGAGGGUGCCCAAUUUCAUGCCCGUGCUGUUGUUUCUGGCUUGAUCUCUUUUAUUACAGUUUCCAAUGCGCUUGUUACGCUGUACGGUAAAUGUGGAAGCAUUGGAGAUUCCCGUCGGAUGUUCAAUGAUAUGGAAAUUAGGGAUGAAGUCUCGUGGACUGCGUUGGUUUCAGGGUAUGCCCAAUUUGGAGAAGCCAAUGAGACGAUUGAUCUGUUUGAAAGAAUGUUGGCCCAAGGUUUGAAACCUGAUGGAGUUACUUUCAUUGGGGUUCUUUCAGCUUGCAGUAGAGCAGGAUUUGUGGAGAAGGGACAUCACUAUUUCGAAUCAAUGAUGAAAGAACAUGGAAUAACACCAAUUCCCGAUCACUACACUUGCAUGAUUGACCUUAUUAGCCGAGCUGGAAGGUUGGAAGAAGCAAAAAGUUUUAUAGAUAAGAUGCCUAUCCAUCCUGAUGCAAUUGGUUGGGCCACCUUGCUUAGCUCGUGUAGAUUCUAUGGUAACAUGGAAAUUGGGAAAUGGGCAGCUGAGAGACUUGUGGAAUUAGAGCCCCAGAACCCAGCGAGCUAUGUGUUGCUGUCAAGCCUGUACGCUGCAAAAGGGAAAUGGGACAAUGUGGCCCAAUUAAGAAGAGGAAUGAGAGAAAAGGGAGUGAGGAAGGAGCCGGGAUGUAGUUGGAUCAAAUAUAAGAACAGAGUGCACAUAUUUUCAGCAGAUGACAAAUCAAGUCCAUUUUCAGAUCAGAUAUAUUAUGAGCUUGAGAAAUUAAAUUGCAAAAUGAUAGAGGAGGGGUAUGUUCCGGAUAUGAGGUCUGUUCUUCACGAUGUUGAGGAGUCAGAGAAGAUAAAGAUGCUUAGCCACCAUAGCGAGAAGCUUGCGAUUGCGUUUGGCUUGAUUUAUGUCCCUGCUGGUCUUCCCAUACGAGUAUUUAAGAACCUUAGGGUCUGCGGGGAUUGCCACAACGCCACAAAGUAUAUUAGUAGGAUAACCCAGAGAGAGAUACUUGUAAGAGAUGCUGCCCGAUUCCAUUUAUUUAAAGAUGGAACAUGUUCAUGUGGAGAUUUCUGGUGAUGGGAUUCGAUUUAGCUGGUGAGUGGCUAAAUUCCAAACAUGUUUAGUGGUAGAGAAGGGCUAUAUAAUACUUGAUUCCACAGAUGCAUUGAGAUAUCAAUGGUGCUGUUUUGCGCAGAUCAACAGUUGGUUUAUAAAGAAACAUAUAAGAUAACAGAAAAUCCUAUCAUGAAAAGAUAAUAAAAAUCCCUAAUCUUACUUCAUCUCCUAGUGAUAAGAUGAACCAAGAAGGAAAUCUGAGCCACAUGUUCUCCAAGUUUUCCCAAUUGGGGAGAAUCCACGCCAAUGAAUUAAUUAGUAGAGCGUUUGUCCAAUAAAGAUUGUGGAAUUAGAGAUUGCCAUUUGCCAUCAUCGUUCCAAAGUGGCAAUGAGGGAAUGGGUAUGGCAUUAGGGCCCAACUUUUUUCUUAAGGAGAGAUGUGUGAAAGACAGGGUGGAUCCGUGUUUCCUUAGCUUCCUUCCCUAUGCAUUCUGCGAUCAGAAAAGGCCCAACGAACUACUAGUUGAAAUUGUCUGUUUUCAUGCUUCUGGUCAUACACUUGUUUCAUUUUAUGGCCUUGGUGGUGCUUGGAAAAUAGGACAACAAAGUUGGUCGGGCGCGGCCAUAUACAAUUUCCCAGUAGGCAGAGUAGCGAAAUGCCAGCCAGUGUUAUAAACGUACUGUAACACCCUAGAAAAGUAAUAAAUUACGAAAAGCAUAAAACUUACGAUACA